AUGUCUGAAAUAGCACAAAGCAUUCUUAGUGAAAAUCAAGUCGUUGAACUUCGUUAUUAUGGUAUAAGAGUUUUUUCUUCUCUUCGUGAUCGUAGAAAAUUAGAUGCGAACAAAAGUCUUGCUCGUUUAAUUAUUUUUCUUGGUUUAUGUUUAGUUGGAAUAACAGCUGUAGAUCUAAGUAGAUUAUCAGCAACAAUAAAACAAUCUGAACAAUCAAUUUGGCCAAGUUCUGGAAAAGGUAUUUGGAUUGGUUUAUUUGUAAUAGCUGUUGGUGUUUUUACAUUAAUUGCUGUUAAAGAAAAAUCUCAUAAUUCAUUUAAUAUAUUACUUCCAUAUACAAUUGUAGCUAUUGUACUUUGUAUUUUUGGUUUAUUAACAUCAAUUGAUGUUCUUCAACGUUAUAUAAAACAUCCAACUUUAUCUGAUAAAACAAACAGAAAUAAAGAACAAACAACCCAAUUUGCUUUAAGUGCUUUAUUAAUUGGAUUAUUUGCUCUUUCUUUUCUAUUUUUAUCAUGUCUUUCAUGUAUGAUAUGUUGGACAAUACCUAAUUAUUGUGCUAAAUAUCAAGGUCCAAUGCCUCAAUUAUAUUAUCGAGCAAGAUCAAAUUUAACAAUAGAAAUUCCUCUUCAAUUCCGAGGAACUCCUCUUCUACCAACAAUUGUUCAAUCACCACAUUAUCGUAGACAAUCGCCUUAUGCAGUAAAUAGAGCUUAUAUUUCAUCAUAA